GGCUGUGUGUGUGUGCAUGGGUGCUUUCGGCAAGCACUCAUGGAGGAAAGGACUGAAUUUGCUCUAUCUGUAAAUAGUUCAUGUAAAUAAAGUUUAAUCAACAGUUGGACUUCGUCUGCUGGAGUGAGUUUAUCCAGUGCUGUUUUCCACACGGGGAAACAGUCUGGAGAGAAGGAGGCGAACCGGGAUGGUGAAUUUUUUGGAUUUCACUCUGCUACCCAUCAUCCCCGCCGACAGAAAUACGGUCGGUUCCAUUUUACAGGGUUGCUGGGUUGUUCUCUGUUUGUUAGUCGGCAGUGCCUUUCAUGUUCCUUGAUUCGUGUUUGGGCACUGUCUUUGUCCACAGAUGCAUGGGAUACAGUAGACUCCGGCAGAGGUGAGAGGUGGACAAUUUCCACAGAAAGGAGGAAACCACAAAAAUGAAUAAAAUCUGGCUACCAGUAUUUAAAAAAAUUAAAAUCAGGACAGUAAAUAAAGAACAUGACUCAGAAAACAAGAGGAAUCCCAGGCAUGAAUCAAUCAGGGCCAGCUAAAACCUCCCAAUAAAGGAUUCCCCCAGGCAGGAAACAGCUAAACCUUGAAGCUGAAAGGCUAUUCGGUGCUAAUCAAGGUUGCCAACUGCAUCAUUCACAUUCACACCUGCCUCAAACAGACAAGAGUUCUUUCUCCCUACAAAUGUAAAAACCCCACUUGCCUAGUUCCCAAAACCUUACAACCUUUGAUGAUACCUGCCACAGAUGUGGACAAAACAUCAGGAGAGAAUGCUUCUGGAACAUGGCUAUACAGCCCGGAAAACUCAACGCAAUCCAUACUAUUGUUAUUUCAAAGCAUGGCAUUUCUGUUGAUCAGGAGACCACCCACUGAUUGAAGUUGACACGGUGAAAUACGGUCGGUUUUAUUAUUAUUUUUUCUAGGAUAUAAGGAAUAAAAGAAGAACCAGCAGUCAGCUUUGGAGUCUAAGGAGGAGAGCCACGGACGGGGCAGAGGGGCUUUAGGACCCAGGGAGCGUCGCCAGGAGGCGGGAGUUGUGCAGCUCACUGGGAGACUCUAAAAGGGUCCAGUUUUAAUUCUGCCUCUAAUCUCUGCCACAGCCGCGCUUCCAACAGCAAGCUCAAGGUUGGGCUGAUCCGGCGCCGGGGACUGAUUCUCUCAUUUCUAUUUCUCCUUGCCUCUCGCCAAGGAAGGAACCAUGCCGGGGGCGCCUUGGCAAUGGAAACCCUAGAGGAGGAGGAAGAGGAGGAAGAGGAAGAGGCAGAAGUGGCUUCGGGGGCUCAUUGAGGCGGCGGCGGCAGAAGCGUGCCGUAGACAAGGAGGCGCACGACAAUGAAGGCGCUGGUGCGACAUGGGCUGGCGGUGUCUUUUGCGCUCACCACCAUGUGCACUAGCUUGUUGCUCUUGUACGGCAGCAUCGGAGGAGGAGGAGGGAUCGGAGGAAGCGGCGGUGGUGGAGAAGGCCAGAAAGAGCAAAGCCAGCAGCAGCAGCAGGUGGUGACAGCCAGCCAGAAGCCUGCCAGCCCUCCGCAGCUGAGCACGAGCGGCAGCCCUAGCAGCGCGCGUCGCCCGCCCGGGCUCUCCGCCCGCCCACUGGAAGGCUACAUCAGCGUCCUCGACCACAAGCCUUUGAAAAUGCACUGUGCGAGCUGUGCCCUAGUUACAAGCUCUGGACACCUUUUGCGAAGCCGGCAAGGCAGUAAGAUUGACCAGACAGAGUGCGUAAUACGAAUGAAUGAUGCACCCACGCGGGGUUUUGGAAAAGACGUUGGAAACAAGACAAGCCUGCGGGUCAUUGCUCACUCCAGUAUCCAGAGAAUUUUGAGAAAUCGCAAUGAACUUUUAAAUAUGAGCCAAGGGACUGUAUUUAUAUUCUGGGGUCCCAGCAUCUACAUGAGAAGAGAUGGCAAAGGAUUAAUUUAUAAUAAUUUGCAACUGAUGAACCAGAUACUACCUCAGUUGAAAGUAUACAUGAUAUCACGGCACAAGAUGCUUCAGUUUGAUGAUCUCUUCAAACGGGAAACUGGAAAAGACAGGAAGAUAUCCAACACUUGGCUUAGCACUGGAUGGUUCACAAUGAGCAUCGCAUUGGAACUAUGUGACAGGAUAGAUGUCUAUGGAAUGGUGCCACCAGAUUUCUGCAGGGAUCCUAAACAUCCUUCGGUACCUUACCAUUAUUAUGAACCUUUGGGACCAGAUGAAUGUACAAUGUACCUUUCACAUGAACGGGGAAGGAAAGGAAGCCACCAUCGUUUUAUCACAGAGAAACGAGUGUUUGAGAACUGGGCCCGGACUUUCGAUAUUCAUUUUUUUCAGCCAGACUGGAAACCAGAAUCACUUCCUCUGAAUCAUGGGAAGAUCAAACUGGCAUUCUGAGGAAUGAGUGUACAAGGCUGUGCCCACAAUCACCUACUGUAGCAGGCUUCAGGGGAUUGAACACCGUAUCGCAGCAAGCCAACCUAGAGAUGAAAGGUUCACAGGGUUUGCGGGUGGAACUUGCUACAAUAUUCAGGAAGUUAUUGCAAAGGAAUACCGAAAAAGGAUGCCUGGUAUCCAAUUGUAUCUAAAGCAAAUAUUUUAACUUCUGUCUAUUGUACACACAUAGAUGUAUGUGAUUUUGUUAAGAAGAAGAAAACGAUGAAGAAAUCUGUGGUAUUAUGAGCAUAGUUCGAGAUUUUAAUUCGUCAUGUUUUUAAGGCACGUCGCCACUGGGUUUUCAUAGUGACAUUUAACAGUUCCUUACUUAGUGAAGGUUUUUAAUGCAAUCCAGUAUUUUUCUAUUUCACAAUGAUAUGGUUAUUUAUCUUUCAUAAUCCCUUCAAAACUGAGGAUUUAUAUUGCUGCUGGUUUAAGGCCCAGCUUCUUGUUUAUACAUUUUUCUCUUUGAAAUAUAGGAUGAUUCUAUCUAGCAUGUAAUUAAUAUUUGAUCUGGAAGUGAUGUAUUUUAUUUUUUUAUUUUUUAUUGUCGGGCAGUGUUUCAGCAUCAAGCCAUUUGACAACGAGUAGGUCAUUACGUGAUGCUGUAGCAGAGAAUGAUGACCACAACGAUAGUCUGUGGCAUCAUGCACACAUGUAACAGAAAUAUGGAGGACUCUCCAUAUCCCAAUGGUUUUAGUCUUUCGGUAUUCAGAGUAACUAACAAGGGCUGAGCUAUGAGUUGGUUCUUGGUUUACCUCAUCGAAAGGUGACCUAGGCAAGCUGGACUUUCCUGUGAGCUGAGAAGUUGAUGUGUUGCUUUGUACAUGCCAUCUAGACAGUGGUUUAGAUUUCAAAAGAUAAGGCUGCAAUCCUAUAUAUACUUAUAUGGCAAUUUCCCAAAAUGUCAGUCUGUUGCAGCAAAAAAAAGAGAGAGAGAGAGAGAGAGAGAGUCCUGUGGCAUCGUAAAGGACAUAACAGAUCCAUUAAAGCAUUAUAUGGAAGUAUGUGCCAUUGAACUCAGUGGUGAGACAAGCAUGGAACUGCACUGCUUAAAGGUGAAUAUAAAAGAGGAUGAGCGACAUGAAUCUGUCUAGGCAAGAUCAGAUGAAAUUGCAAGGAAAGUAAGGAAGUCUGAUUGCAGCCUUUCCUGAGGAUGGUAGAGCCCAACUGCAUGUAAAUACAGGAUUUGUGUGUAAUUGUAGCAGUUUUUAAAAGGCUGGCAAAUGUAAAUUCUGUGCCACAAACCAACCAACAUGUGUGUUUUAAAGUGUAGGAAGCAGUGUAGUUCUGUUCUCAAAGCCAGCAAUUGGUCCUGGCCAUAAAAUGUGCCAGCUUUUUUGAGAUGCACUGAGAAUAUCUAGUUCUUGCCAAGUUGACUAAAUGGCACUAAUAGUUCUGUAUAUGGAUAGUUGCACAUUAUGUUUUUGUGGGAUUAUAUCUGGCUUGUGAAUAAAGAGGAUUUCAUUUGCA